AUGAACUUCUUGAGAUACCCGGCCAUAUCAGCCCGCCACACACCCCGCGUCCUCACUUCGUCGCGCGUCCCCCGCAGAGCCUUCACGGCAACCCACAACCCGUCUCAAGCUCAGCAGCAACAUCACCACUACUCCCGCGGCCAGGAAUCCGCCGCGCCCGGAGCAUCUUCGUCCCGCGCAGACAGCGACGCCCCGUCCCACCAGACGCCUAACCAGGGCCAGCACGCCGCCCUCGACUCCCCCGACCAGCAGGAAAAGGAGACCUCCUCCCAUAACAACCCGUCCACGUCCGCAGGGCAGCACCGCAAGCCCGCCAUGUCCCAAAAGCUCAUCCCCCAGAACCCCGACGACGUCAUGGUCAUCCGCGACCUGACGCCCAACAUCACCACCUUCUCCGUGCCCUUCUCCCGCUUCGGCGCCAUCAAGAUCGGCGGCCGCGGCACCCUCGUCCGCCUGUCCUCGGGCGCCCUCGCCGUCUUCUCCCCAGUCGCCCUCACCGACGCCGUCCGCGCCAAGAUCGCCGAGAAGGGCGGCGACCUCGCCUACAUCGUCGCCCCGGACAUCGAGCACCACAUCUUCCUCUCCGAGUACAAGGCCGCCUUCCCCGCCGCCCGCCUUAUCGGCCCGGACGGCCUGCCCCAGAAGCGCGCCAAGCAGACGGGCGACCCCAAGGUCAACCCGUCCGACGAGUUCUUCCUCGCCUUCAAGGGCGGCCCCGACAAGCGCGCCAUCUCCGUCACCCCCGAGUUCGACGCCGACUUUGAGUACGAGUACGUCGACGCCCACGCCAACAAGGAGAUCGUCUUCUUCUACAAGCCCGAACGCGUCCUCAUCCAGGCCGACCUGCUCUUUAACCUGCCCCCCACCGAGCAGUACUCCAGGGCGCCCGAGGGCGAGCGCGACACCUCGUCCGGCCUCGCCAACCGGCUGUUCGGCAGCCUGCAGACCACCGAGGGCGACGUCAAGUGGGUCAAGCGCUUCCAGUGGUACGUCAUGAGCAGCAAGGACAGGCCCAGCUUCAACGACAGCAUCCGCCGCAUCGACGCCUGGGACUUUGACACCAUCGUGCCCUGCCACGGCGACACCAUCCAGGGCGAUGGCAAGGAGAGGUUCAGGAAAGUGUUUGAGUGGCAUCUGGCCGGCGAGAAGCACUAG